AUGGCUGGGACAACUGGAGUUGAAACUGCAACAGUCUACGAAUAUCUAGGAGUACUGAUGGAUAAUUCAUUAACCUUCAAGCAGCAAUUUGAUAAAGUGUACAAGAAAGGAGUUUCGAGGGUGAAAUUACUGGCACAUAUCAGAUCAACUAUUUCAACUCAUGUCGCUGAAUCCAUUUAUAUGUCUAUGAUCAGACCAAUUCUCCUAUAUUGUAUGCACCCAUUAUUACUUGGCUUUGACACCACGAUGAAUCGAUUCCAGAAAGUCCAUGAUCGAGCAUUUAAAGUUGUCUUUGGAAGUAAAACUAUUAAUAAAUGGAUCUCAUUGGAAUCUCGUUGUAAUCGAUUAGCCAUCCUGGACGUUUGA